AUGGCAAGACGCCUCCCACACGCCUCCGGCCACAACGCCAGUCAGCACAGCAACCGGAACAGCAACAGAGCUUCGACAUCUUCACGGCGGGGUCACAGUCACCAAAACCACUCUUCGUCGCACUCUUCUUCCCAGUCUUCUUCACAUUCUUCCCAUUCUUCACGGUCUUCCUCGCACUCGUCGCACUCUUCUUCGCACUCGUCUCCGCUUCCGCCUCAACAGGGGGAGGCUCGAGCCUCGUCACGACACUCGCAUCGUGGGCAUCAUCGAACAAGUCGGCAUCCUCCAUCUAGGGUCGACGCAUCUGCGUCGUCUUCCUCUUGUUCCUCUUCUUCCUCGCCUUCUUCCUCUUCCUCCUCCGCCACUUCCUCGAGGUCGACGAACUCUGGUGUCCGGGGACACUCGCCGCCCCAUUUGUCAUCUUCGUCAUCCGGCGACGCGAGCCGUCCUGCGUCUGCUUCGGUUGCAUUGCUCUCUGACCUUCCUUCGUCUUCUGGUCCUUCUGCUUCGGCGGCAAGAAGUGGGAUUGCGGAGAAACAGACCAAAAAGGACUCGAAAGGGAUUCCCUUCGCGCCGGCGUACAGACAGUUCAGUUUGGCGAGUCACGUCGACAAACGGCGCGUCUGUGCCAACUGGCGAGUUACGCAUUUCCCGGAGAUCUGGGCUCUCGCCAAAAACAAAUUUCUUCGUGCGCAAGACGAAGACCAGUAUAUCGACAGUCCUCUCUUUGGCGACAAUGAAGUCGGUCUAUGGUUUCUUCGGCUGUAUCCCUACGGCGACUCCAAGAACGCCGGUUCGCUAGAGUUGUAUCUUAUGGUGGACAGCUGCCUCGCUGAAGACGUUCUCGUGCACUACAAACUCCAAAUCUUCAAACAACACCCCAACACGUUUCCGUCGACCUCGCAAACUCAAGGCUCGAAACGCGACUUCAUCGUUCAGUACGAAGACAGCGACGUGUAUUCGAAAAACGAACCUGGUGUCGGGUACGGCCCUACUCAUCUCUGCGAUGUGAGCACGCGGCGAAAGGCUCGCGCCUUGGCGUGGGCAGAUGGAAGCUUGAGGAUUCGCGCUUUGCUGGACUGUCCGAUUCUGGAGGCUCUCGCGGGGCCGAGGUCAGCCACCGCGUCUCGCCCGAGACCAGUCGUCGCCCUCAGACACCUGUCCUGCAAACGCGAGGAGACAGCUGGGGACAAAAAGGAAAAUGUGCACGCCCUACAGAGGAGCACGCCUCCCAGCCUCUCUGAAGAGGUUGCUGCCUUCAUUGAACAGGAGAAAGACAUGGAAAUCGAAUUCCACGGAGAGGUCUUCGAGGCAAACAAGUUGAUCCUUGUCUCCAGAUCCAAGGUUUUCAACGCCAUGUUGAAAGGCCUCUUCCGGGAGGGCCCCAAAGGCUGCGCCUCGGUCGCGAGUUGCAUUCCGCGUCUGUCGGGGCAGAAACGCGUGGUGACAGAGAACGAAGAGAAUCGACUCGCCGGCCUGACAAAAAUCAACCUCUCAGAAACCGCCGGACUCACCGUCUCUGCUCUUCGAAAUCUCUUACUCUACAUGCACACCGAUAUGUGUCCCCUCCUGUCUCCCGAGACUGAAGAGAAGGACGAAAAGGCGUCUUCCCGGCAAACAGAGACGGAGAGGAUCAAUGCACUCCUCGAGCUCCUCGUCGCUGCCGAUCUCUACGACGUCCCGGUAUUGCUCACGCAGCACUUCCUAGCUACCUCAGAGAGUCGCAUUAACUGCCGUCGCCUCGUGAAAGCAACACGCCUCUUUGCGAAUUCUCUCACUGGCGGCGCCGUGGCGGGGAAAAUGCUUCAGUUGCUCGAGAGUUACUGGUCAAGUUCUCUCCCGGGUCCAGCAUUCGCCUCUGUUUCUUUGUCUUCGUCGUCGCCCGAGGAAGACGCAUUUUCGCCUCCGGAUGCGCGCAAAAGCCCCGACGCAACUCCGUGCAGCGACACCGACAUCGUCACGCUACAACCCGCGGGCUCGAUUCUCUUGAAUCGAGCGAGAGACGACUCCCCACUCGCUCGAUCGCGACAGGCGCGAACGCGCGAACUCCAGAAGAAUCGACCGGCACGGAGCGACGAAAAUGCGCCGCCAGGUGCCGGCGAGCGUGGCUGCACAUCCGUCUCGGGACGCUUGCCUCCGACGCCGAGCGGGGCGCUGGCUCCGGAAGCGUCGCGCGAGAACCCGUGCCACGAAUCCGAUGACGUGACGAACGAAAAGGGACGGAGAGAGAGACUCAGAGGACAGAGCGAAGAACAGGGAUGGGGACUCGAGACGCGAGAAGAAGCGAGCGAUGGAGGCACUGCGCGGGGUGAACUUCCCCCCACGCGUGACUUGCUGCCGAGCUCGAGACUUCAGAGAGAAGACAGAACUGAGUGCGAGGCGAGGCGGUCGGAAACCCCGUUCCCCGAGCGCCCUUCUCAGGCGUCUGCCUCACGAACGGCGAGCUCCCUGGAGACGGAGAGAAGCGGCUGUGGAAGGCUCUCGGAUCUCGCUCGAAAACGGACUGCAUGCACCUGUUUCUUCGAUGGCGAACCACAUCUCUUCCCUCGCAAUACGCAGCAUGAGAACCCGCGCCGGUAUCCACGCUCUCUCCCUUCCUCGCUGUUUGUCCCGUCGUCGUCUUUCUUCUCUUCUUCCUCUCUUUGUUCCCCUCCGCUGCGUUCUGUUUACUCCUCUUCCUCGUGCUGUUCCUCUCGUCCAGCUGUGCCUCCGUCCUUGUCUGAUCCCCUCUCUUCGUCCGCGGCUACGACUCAGCUGUGCUGUGCGAGAGCCGGGAGAUUCGAGAUCUACCCCUUUUUCUGCCGGGAGGGAGAACGUGGAGAGGACAGGCAAACGAGGCCUUCGCGUGACGACAGCCGACCGCUCCAGAAACGCGUCUCCGUCCACCGCGAAGAGGUUUCGCCUCUCUCCACUGCACUGUCGCCCGGGAGUCGACAACGCAAGAAGCAGAGAGUAACCCUCGAAGGCGGAAGUUUCGGCUGCUCAGGAUCGACGCACGGCGUCAGGCUACUAGAGGGCGACUGCAGCGGCAGAGACCGACGAAGUUCGAGGGAGGACCACGGAGCUAGCGAACUCACCAGAUGCUGCACGCAGCGAUGCUCGGAAGGCGAAUCGAGCGGACUUGGAGGCCGGGGAAAUCCGCCGUCGCAAGCAGACAAAGCACAGCCCACGCCAGCGAACCCUCAUCGAGAAAUCCAGGUGUCUCCCAAGCGACGCCCCUACUCCGUCCACGAACCUCCUUCUUUUCCCUUUUUCUCUUCAUUCUCGUCUGUUUCUCACUCCGCGUCGUCUCUUUCCGCGUCCCCUUUUCCUGCUUCCUUUCUGCCCUACGGGGACGGCCGCGAGGCCUCGCGGGGAUCUCGCGGAGGGCGUUUGCCAAGCCUGGAGUCGGGCGGCGUGCGUAGCGGCCGAAGCGAGGGUGUGGGGCGGAGGACGAGUGUCGGAGACAGCUCGGCAGUCCCGCUGUCUCUUUCGAGUUCCAGGACUCCGUCUCCUCUUGAAGAUUUCUCUGCUAGUUCCCAGGCAGCCAGUCUCCGUGGUGCCGGCCGAGGAGCGACAUCGGCGUCCGCUGUCCCUCAGGACACAUCUGCCGUUCGCCCCUUCGAGUCGCCCCAAACGGUUUCGCCGCACGCGGCUUCUCCGUCCUCUCCCAAAGUCGCGCAUUCGAGGCUCGCUUCACAGCCUUCUUGUGCGCGCAUUUCGCGUUCUGCACGUCACUCUCCUUCUUCAGCAGAGCCGCGUUCGAUUUUGACUGCGGAGUCUUCUCCGGCACCCCUCGCCUCUUCCUCGCCUGCGGCUGCUUCUUCCGAGAUCGCGCUUCGUCCCGCUUCAGCGAAUGGAGUCUCCACCUCGUUUCCUUCUCUUCUGUGCGGCGCAAAUGUGCCGGUAGUCACCAAGUCUCCGAGGCGAAGUUCUCUUCCCCGCCUCCGCUUGGGAGAUAUGGAUAAUCCCCUGCUGGCAGAGAGUGUCGGCGAGCAAACCACUCACGCAUCUUGUGGCGAGGAAGGAAGCACACGCCUCGACGCCCCACACGCUGUCUCCUCUCCGUCUCUUCUGUCCGCGUCUUCUUCCGCUAGCUCUGGCGACGCUGUUCUCCCCGCUUCUUCGUCCACAGCUUGCGCCGCGCGGCCGAGGGGCGACGACGCAGGAACCUUCCCAGGGGCGAUGGCGCACUUCAGCCGCGACUACGCGACAGGCCUUCAGCUCGGGAUGAGAAACAGGAGCUUCCCUGGCGACGAAAGCGACCGCGCCAAGCAGGGGGGUGUUGCGACGCGAAACGACCUUGUGUGCGCAGAAAAGGGGGCUGAGAGUCGCGGUACGCGCCCCAGCAGAAAGAGUUUGGAAGAGAACCACAGUGGAGAGUGCAGGCAACAGGGGACGGAUUCCAGCGAGGUUCGAGGUGGCCCUGGGGGCGCGAACGGCCUCACAAAUCCUUCUCCGCGCGACGUCUGCGCUGGUCAAGCCACGUCCACACCCAGCGAGCACAGGGACUCGGGAGAGAAUCUGGGCUCGGCAGAAAGGCGUGCAACGCCUAGGGAGAGCGCAAGCCUCCAGGGAAGCUGUCGAAACGCGGCAAGCGACAGUCCGAGCAGCGGGACGUGUGUGUCUGAGAAAGCCGAUACACCAGGGGAGAACAGAAGUUCGGAGGGUCUGUCCUCCUCUCACACUAUGAUGGAGACGACGCCUGAACGACAGAGGACAGAGCGUGCUGGACCUCGGAGUCAACGUCGAAGGCGCUCGAGCGGAAGCCGGACUCCUGUCAGCAACGCGCUUCCUAGUCAAGACAUGCGCGAUGCAGCUGCUUGUGCAUCUUCUCUGCUUUCACCUGUUGCUUCUUCAUCUUCUUCUCUCUCUGUGCCCGGGGGCUUGUCCCCUCCUCUGUCUGCUUUGGGAGGUUUGCCUGAGCGACGGUGCUUUCAAGACGCUGGCGGCGCCAGUGGAGAACGCGAGUCGUUUCCGAAAGUGUCGAAUCUCCCGGGUCCUUCGGCGACUCCAGAAGAGAGAGAUGGAUCUUUCGAUGACGCGAGUCUCUUUGUGUUCGAGGACGCAGAAGAAGAGAACUAA